CUCCCACUGGCGGACACACAGCUGGCCCGAAAAACACACGGUUUUUGACAACAACGAUUGUGUCGACAAUGUUCGCAUGUUGACUGUUGGCCGCAGACAGCGACGAGUUACUCUUAUUUCGUUGCCUUUUGGUCCUUUAACGCUGUAAACUAUGGAGCCUUCUGCGCCCAAAAGCAAGCUGAAAAAGCUGAGUGAAGACAGUUUGACCAAACAGCCAGAAGAAGUGUUCGAUGUUUUAGAGAAACUAGGUGAAGGUUCCUAUGGCAGUGUGUUUAAAGCGAUCCAUAAGGAGUCAGGUCAGGUGGUGGCUAUCAAGCAGGUUCCGGUGGAGUCUGAUCUACAGGAGAUCAUAAAGGAGAUUUCCAUCAUGCAACAAUGUGACAGUCCUUACGUAGUGAAGUACUAUGGCAGCUACUUCAAGAACACUGAUUUAUGGAUUGUCAUGGAAUACUGUGGCGCUGGUUCUGUUUCUGACAUCAUCAGACUGCGCAACAAGACAUUGACAGAGGAUGAGAUUGCCACUAUUCUGAAGUCGACACUGAAAGGUCUUGAAUACUUGCACUUCAUGAGGAAGAUCCAUCGGGACAUCAAAGCUGGCAACAUCCUCCUCAACACUGAGGGACAUGCCAAACUUGCAGACUUUGGAGUAGCCGGACAGUUGACGGACACCAUGGCAAAGAGGAAUACUGUGAUUGGUACACCUUUCUGGAUGGCCCCAGAAGUGAUUCAAGAGAUUGGCUACAACUGUGUGGCAGAUAUCUGGUCUCUGGGCAUCACUUCCAUAGAAAUGGCAGAGGGCAAGCCUCCUUAUGCUGACAUCCAUCCCAUGAGAGCAAUCUUCAUGAUUCCCACCAACCCUCCUCCUGCAUUCAGAAAACCAGAGCUUUGGUCAGAUGACUUCACAGACUUUGUCAAAAAGUGUCUUGUCAAGAAUCCAGAGCAGAGAGCAACUGCCACACAGCUCCUACAGCAUCCAUUCAUCAGCCAGGCCAAGCCUGUCACCAUUCUGAGAGACCUGAUCACUGAGGCCAUGGAGAUGAAAGCCAAGAGACAACAGGAGCAGCAGAGGGAGCUGGAGGAGGAGGAUGACAACUCUGAGGAGGAGACAGAGGUGGACUCUCACACUAUGGUGAAGUCGGGGUCAGAGGGUGCAGGUACAAUGCGAGCCACCAGCACUAUGAGUGAUGGGGCUCAGACCAUGAUCGAACAUGGUAGCACCAUGCUGGAGUCCGACCUGGGCACCAUGGUCAUCAAUAGUGAUGAUGAUGAAGAGGAGGAGGAGGACCAGGGAUCCAUGAGGAGACAUGCUACCCCCCAGCAGCCCAUCCGUCCUUCUUUCAUGGACUACUUUGACAAGCAGGACUCCAACAAGGCAUCCCAGCAGCAGGAGAACUACAACCACAACCAGUCUCAGGAUCAGUCUGGGUACCACAUCCAGUCCAAGAACGUUUUCCCUGACAACUGGAAAGUUCCUCAAGACGGAGACUUUGACUUUUUGAAGAACCUGGACUUUGAAGAGCUGCAGAUGCGCCUCAGUGCCUUGGAUCCUAUGAUGGAGCGGGAGAUCGAGGAGCUCAGGCAGCGCUACACUGCUAAGAGGCAGCCCAUCCUGGACGCCAUGGACGCCAAGAAGAGACGACAGCAGAAUUUCUGAGGGCUGUUUCCCAUCACCACCUCCUGUGGUCUGGCUUCCCCUAAAUCAGUAAAGAAAAUGAAGAUGACCUGACUGCUCCUGCUGAAGCCCACCGCUCUUCUACCAACUAACUGACAUGAAGAGGACUAUACUGGAUGUCUGUCUGUGAAAUCAGUCCGUUCUCCUCCUCCAUGAUGUCCAUGAUGUGUCUUGGAAUCACAGUCAUCAGCCUUAUUUCUACACUUUUCCAUGAAUGAAACUCAGGACUGCAGCCAAAGAGAGAACCAGGCCUUGGUCAUUCUACAUCUAAAAGUCACAAAAUGAAAUGUCUUCCUUCUUUGAAGAAUGAAUCCUUUCGCAUGUCUCACAGAGGACAUCACAUCACCAUCAUCAUCAUCAGCACAUAUCUGGCCCCUACCUGGACGUCCAGGCCAGCGUUUCAUCCAGCCCCUGGCAGGAGCAGGGGCAGCCACAUGAUCAAACAGCAGUGGUCUUAUUACUCUGAACUUUAUACUUUCACUGUAAAUAGAAUAGAGAGCCUAGUUUGGAAAUAAUCUGAAACAAAAGCUGUGGAGUUUUGUCCAUGACCAAAGACAAUCAACUUGAUUAUGUUGCGAAUGCCUUAAAAACAUUUGAAAACUGAUUUUCAAAGAAGCAAUGUAAUAAAAUAACCAAGUCAAUAAAUGUUUCAAUCCAUUUACUGACUUGGAAGGAGUUCGACUGUAGAACUUCAAAUGUUUGUCAGACUGGACAGAAAGAAUAUGAAAGCAUUAGAACGGUGAAGAUCUGAUGACGCAUGUUUGUUUGUUUUUUUUCUUGUCUUUGUUAUCACUAUUUAAAUGUGUUUCUUCUUUCAGGUUGAAGUUUUCUUGACUACUUUAAACAUCCAAUGUAUCAGAACAUAGUGCCUCAUAUAGUAAUAUUACAGACCAAGUUUUGAAUCUGCUUUGAGUUCACACACCCAACAGGUCCUAAUCAGUGUCAAUGAUCCACAGUUCCAAAGUCAUCCAUAAAUCUUGAGAUUAAAUUAGAGUUGUCAAACAAAUUCAUUCCUAAGUGAAAAAAAUGACAAUUUCCAUGCAGUCAAAGCCAUUCCAUGAAAGUUUCCUUGACUCUUUACAUAUGUUGUUGGUGAUGUUAAAAAAAAUCAUCAAAUUCUAAAAUGACUUCCCAAAUCAUUUACUUCAAGCAGUUAACCACUUUGAUGUAGACCUCAGCAAAUCAAAAUCUAGGUAACCACAACCAAGUAACCUGAUAGUUCAUGUAUCCUGUUUUUCUGCUGCCUUUUCACUGCUCGUCUCACCUUGACUGGUCCAGCUUUUACAGCGGACACCAGCACAUACUGUUUCUAGUGUCACCUGUGUGAGCCAAAGCAACACAUCAUGUGACUUCUAAUAUUCAUCCAUCCACAUUCAGCUCUGCAUCAGUAGAUCUGUGUGUUAUCAUGUCAUGACACACUACGCCAAGCAAGUGGAAAAUUUCUGAAAACAUGGGAGCAAAUUUUCUAUUGGGCUUCGACCGCAGAUCACGACCAUAUUCUUGGCUGGAAAAAUCCUUACGUAAUGGUGUAAUUUUAAAAUAGGAAAAUGACUUCCAUUUGAAGUUUCCUCGAUCAUAGUUGUGUCACCUGUAGCUACAGUCCCGCUGAAAAUGACACCACAAUACUUUAUGUUGAGUUGCUAUGACAGCCAAAAGCAAUGAAACAGUAGUUUACUUGCAAAGGACACGCAGUGUGCUGGUGCUAAUAAAAGGGUCAAGUUGGAACAGUGCAAAAGCAGCGUUUAAUGUUUCUCAUCAUUUGUCUUCAGAAUGUGAACAGAGUCCUGGUUGCAUCUGCCACACAUCUGAUGCAUGACUGUCAUACUUUUUAAAAUGAUCUCUGGUAUAAAACCCUCCUGUAGCUUCUAUGUUUGUUUCAGCGGUUAUGAAUGAAAAUGUUCAGCCUCUAUGGUAUCCAGGUGCGAUAUUAUUAUUAUUCUUAUGACUAAUGAAGGAUGGAAGAUGUUGUUUGCUGCAUGUAUGUUUGAACUAGAGCUUAUUUCUAAUGGCUAAAAGCUAUUCCUAAUAGGACUGUCCAACAUGGCUAAAUGUCGUCAUUAGGACUUAAUGGUCCAUAAUGGUUUGGCCUUGAAAUAAAAGUGGAAGAAACCAGAUGGUUAUUUGUAGUUUUAAAUUAUUCUGCAUGGUCAGAACAUGAUGUGAAUAGUGGAACAUUUCCCAAAACUAGAGGUAGAAUAUUUAAGAUAAGAGCAAAAUAUUGGAAGGUUUGGAGGUGUUUUAACUCAGAAUAUAAUCAAAAUGAACCCAAGAGACAAAAGAAAUUAUAUAUGGUGCGAUUUUUCGGGAAGUGAUGGCGUACUGUGUAUGUGAUAGUACUGAUGGAAAAGACGUUUUUGAUGAAGGAAACAAACUGCUGUUGAAUUGUUAUGUUAUGGGCAAGUAGUGUUUUUCAUGUGCUAAAAUGAAGCCUUUGAAUGAAUCCUGUCUGUGCUUCUACAUGUUCAUCCACUGGGUCACAGUAUGAACAGUGUUCAUGUUGGCUUUACUUUAAUCCUAGUGAUCUUGGAAGACUGUUACACUAUCUGUUGUCUCAUGGAUGGAUUAUUUAGCUCAAAUAAGCUUAAUUCUGUGAUUUUUUUUUUUUUUUUAAUUAUUAAAAAUAUUUUGUAUGUUUAUCUGUCUUUUUGUUCAACCUUCCUUAAAGAGCGUAUAUUAACAUUCUGGACACAAAUUGUUUUGAUUCAUUUAAUCUGCAGUUCAUUUGAAACAUACAAGCUCUCACCUUUAUUUAUUUAAUGUCUCUAUUUUCUGACGCUGGUUCAAAGUAUUGUAACUGAUUAGCUGUUAAUAUUUUUGCCCUCUCUGACACGUGGUUUGAUUUCUGUGUUAGACUAUGCAUGUUUAUGAUUACAUUUGCUAUGUAGUGGAAUGCUUCUGCUAAAGAGUACUGUUAAUGUGGAAGAUGGAUUUUUGUUCAGCUUUAACAUAAACUUUCUGCUCUGUACAGUACAAUUCCAUUAGACAAACUGCCAUAUAUUAUGUGUAGUCAUCUGAAAAUCACUUGAUAUAUAGCUCAAUGAUUUUAGUUUCACUCAUUUCAGUUAUUUUUGCUACAUGUACUUGAGGGUGUAGAGUGGAAUGUAAGAAUUGACAGUAUGUUUGGACCACUUAAUUUAUUAUCUUUUGUUUGUAAUACGGUUUUGAAAAAGUGCAAGAAAUAAUAAAACGUCAUUACAAUUAACCAUAACU